AUGUUGAAGGACGUCCCACAGGACAGCGAUGAGGCAGUUGUUGCUGGUGAAAAACGACGCUCAUUUCGCAACCUGAAAUCGACGAAGAUCGCCAUGAUGAUCGUCGGACUCCUCGUCGCGCUCGCCUCCCUGGCGUCCACUCUCGAAGCGGCGGAAUGCCCGAUACCGUGGGGAUGGGGGCUGUGCGUGGAGCUGUGCAGCAGCGAUGCGGAUUGCUCGGAAGGCCUCCUCUGCUGCUCCAACGGAUGCGGCCACCAAUGCAUGGCACCCCAGCUGACCUGUUCGGACGUGGAAUGCCCUGAAGACUGUGUCAUGGGUCACGUCAUCUGCGACCUUCCCCCUGGCUUCUGCCCUCUCAUGCCCUUCUGCGUGCCUUACGAUGCGUUCACGUGCGAGGACGUGACCUGCGAGCCGGGAGAGACAUGCGUGAUGCAGGAGGUGGUAUGCGUCACCGAACCCUGCUACCCUGUCCCCGAGUGCAUCCCCGAAUGAUUAACCUAGCUGGCUGGAAUAUACACAAUCUUCUCACCGC